CCAAAAUUCUCUCUCUCUCUCUCUCUCUCUCUCUCUCUCUCUUCAUCAACAAAUAGAAUUCCCAAUUUCCCGAUUUCCAAAAAAAUCUCUACUUGGGAUUUUGAAAUCAUUCAACAAUUUCAGCUUUCAAAUUUUAGUUAUACAUACAUAUAUAUAUAUAUAUAUUUCACUAUAAAAAUUAUAAUUUUAUGGAUCGAGCCACCACCGCGCAUGGCCGUCCACUUCCACCGCCAUUUAUUUCAAGAGAUUUCCAUCUCAAUCCCCACCAUCAUUUCCUCCACCAAAAUCCCGACCAACAAUACAACGAAAACGGUAGCUCCGGCAGCGGCGGAGGAGACGGCGAGGUUUUGAAACGGCCACGCGGCCGGCCCGCCGGGUCGAAGAACAAGCCGAAGCCGCCGACGAUAAUCACACGGGAUAGUGCCAACGCACUCCGAUGCCACGUCAUCGAAAUCGCCGACGCUAACGACGUGAUUGAAACCCUCACCAUUUUCGCACGUCAACGCCAGCGUGGUAUUUGUGUCCUGACCGGCGCCGGAGCGGUCACCAACGUCACACUCAAGCAGCCUGUCUCCACCGCCGGAGCGGUGAUAUCCCUGCCGGGGAGAUUCGAGAUUCUGUCGUUGUCGGGAUCGUUUCUGCCGCCGCCAGCGCCAGCGGCCGCAUCUGGGCUGACCGUGUAUUUGUCCGGCGGGCAAGGGCAAGUUGUAGGAGGAAGCGUGGUGGGCCCACUUUUGAGUUCGGGGCCGGUGGUGAUUACGGCUGCUUCAUUCGGAAACGCAGCGUACGAGAGAUUGCCGGUGGAGGAUGACGACGUGGAAGCGGCGAAUGCCGGAAGUAGUCCGAUUAGGUCCCCGGAAAACGCCGUGCAACAGCAACAAUUUUUGCCGGAAUUUCAUGGACUGGCGCCGAAUCUAAUGAACACGUGUCAAUUGCCGACGGAACCCUACUGGGGCACAGGUCGUACUCCGCCAUUUUAGCUCAAAAACAGAAACUCAAAAAAGAAAAUUUCUGCCAAAUUUUAUUUUUUGUAAUUUUCUUAAUUUGAAGUAAUCUUUUUUUCCCUUCA